AUGUCGUUCGCAGCCUUCAGGGCUUCUCUCCGCAAGGCCCCCUUCUCGCCUCCAAGGGCUGCCCGCGUCGUUCGCACUCCCUCCGGAGCCUUCAGAAGAUAUUCCACAGAGGUGCCGAAGAAGUCGAACACCGCUCUCUUCGCUGGUCUGGGAGCAGCCGCCGUCGGCGGUAUUGCGAUCUAUGUAUACGCCUCAGACUCCAACUCCGCAAAGGAGGCCGGCACUGCGGUUAAAUCUGGCGUGCAGGUCGCCAAGUCCGCCGCCCACUUCACCCCGACCAAGGAUGACUACCAAAAGGUUUACAACAAGAUCGCGGACAUCAUGGAGGAGGCAGCUGACAAGAAUUACGACGAUGGCUCGUAUGGUCCCGUGCUCGUUCGCUUAGCAUGGCACGCGUCCGGCACAUAUGACAAGGAAACUGGCACCGGCGGAAGCAACUAUGCGACGAUGCGCUUCGAGCCCGAAGCGCUGCACGGCGCGAACAACGGCCUGCAUGUUGCGCGUGGUAUCAUGGAAGGCAUUCACGAGCAGUUCCCCUGGAUCUCGUACGGCGACCUUUGGACCCUCGGCGGCGUUUGCGCAAUCCAGGAGAUGGGCGGCCCCAAGAUCCCCUGGAGGCCUGGGCGUAUUGACGGUUUCGCUCCGCAGGCUACCCCUGAUGGUCGUCUUCCCGAUGGUGCACAGGGCGCUCAGCACCUGAGGAACGUUUUCUACCGCAUGGGGUUCAAUGACCAGGAGAUCGUCGCACUGUCUGGCGCGCACGCGCUUGGGCGGUGCCAUCGUGACCGCUCCGGCUUCGAGGGUCCGUGGACGUUCUCCCCCGUGACAGUCAGCAACGAGUAUUACCGCCUCCUGCUCGAGGAAAAGUGGGUCUGGCGCAAGUGGGACGGGCCGAAGCAACUCCAGGACAAGACGACGCGCUCGCUCAUGAUGCUCCCGUCGGACUACGCGCUCACCCAGGACAAGGCGUUCCGCAAGUGGGUCGAGGCGUACGCCAAGGACCAGGACGUGUGGUUCAAGGACUUCUCUAACGUGAUUUCUCACCUGUUCGAGCUUGGCGUUCCCGAGGCGCAGUUCGUUGCCUCGGAAGGGUGGAUUAUGAAGGGCACUGACGAGCAGUAG